AGCGGGGUAUUGCUGGGGACUGGACUUUUCCAUGCAGUGGAAUGGAAAGUCCAGUGACAUUCCAUGGCUAGCUAAAGGACUGGAAAAUCACCAAGGCAGCCUUUCAGGUCACCUGGGGAGAGGGUAGAUUCUUCUCCUCCAUACCCAGCCUCCCCUCCUUGGUUCCUGCUCCCCUCCCUUUCUCCGCUUCCCUCCCCGCCUGCAUGGUCUCUUGUAGGUUCACAAGUUUUUAAACAGAAACCGGGAUCAGCUGGACCCUGCCGUGGUGGAGAUGCUUGGCCAGAGCCAGCUCCAGCUGGUGGGCAGCCUGUUCCAGGAGGCAGAGCCCCAGUCCAGGGGAGGGCGAGGCAGACCCACGCUGGCCUCUCGCUUCCAGCAGGCCCUGGGGGACCUCAUAGCCCGGCUGGGCAGGAGCCAUGUCUAUUUCAUACAGUGCCUCAACCCUAACCCUGGAAAGCUUCCAGGCCUCUUUGACGUGGGACAUGUGACAGAGCAACUGCACCAGGCAGCCAUACUGGAGGCCGUGGGCACCCGCAGUGCCAACUUCCCCGUGCGUGUGCCCUUUGGGGCCUUCCUGGCCAGGUUCCAGGCCCUGGGCUCGGAAGGGCAGGAAGACCUCUCUGACCGGGAGAAGUGUGGUACCAUCCUGAGCCAGGUGCUGGGGGCCAAAUCACCUCUCUGUCACCUCGGAGCCACCAAGGUCCUGCUGCAGGAGCAGGGCUGGCAGCGGCUGGAGGAGCUCCGGGACCAGCAGCGCUCCCAGGCCCUGGUCAACUUGCACCGUAGCUUCCACACCUGCAUCUCCCGCCAGCGCGUCCUGCCCCGGGUGCAGGCUCGCAUGCGUGGGUUCCAGGCCAGGAAGCGGUGCCUCCGGCGGCGGGCAGCUCUGGGACAGCUGAACACCAUCCUGCUGGUGGCCCAGCCCCUGCUCCGGAGGCGGCAGAGACUGCAGCUUGGGCACUGGCAGGGCUGGCACAGCAGCGAAAGGGCCUUGGAGAGAGUGCCAAGCAUGGAGCUGGGGCGCUUGGAGAUUCCGGCUGAGCUGGCUGUCAUGCUGAAGAUGGCGGAAGGCCAUCAGGAUGCCCUGGCUGGGAGCAUCACGGAGUGCCUGCCCCCUGAGGUUCCUGCCCGGCCCAGCCUGACUCUCCCACCAGACAUUGACCGGUUCCCUUUCUCCAGCUUCGUCUCCAUCGGCUUUCAGGAGCCAUCCCUGCCCAGGCCAGGGCAGCCACUGGUGAAGCCCCUAACCCAGCUGGACGGAGAGAACCCUCAGCAUGCCCUGGACAUCAACAAAGUGAUGCUGCGGCUCCUGGGGGAUGGAUCCCUAGAGUCCUGGCAGAGGCAGACCAUGGGCACAUACCUGGUGCGGCAGGGGCAGUGCCGGCCAGGGCUGCGGAAUGAGCUCUUCAGCCAGCUGGUGGCCCAGCUAUGGCAGAACCCAGACGAACAGCAGAGCCAGCGGGGCUGGGCCCUCAUGGCUGUUUUGCUCAGCGCCUUCCCCCCACUGCCUGUCCUGCAGAAGCCGCUGCUCAAGUUCGUGUCUGACCAGGCCCCCAGGGGCAUGGCAGCGCUGUGCCAGCACAAGCUGCUGGGGGCCUUGGAGCAGUCACAGUUGGCCCCAGGGGCCACUCGGGCCCACCCUCCAACCCAGCUGGAGUGGAUGGCCGGAUGGCGGCGGGGCCGCAUGGCGCUGGACGUGUUCACCUUCAGCGAGGAGUGCUACUCAGCCGAGGUGGAGUCCUGGACCACCGGGGAGCAGCUGGCUGGGUGGAUCCUGCAGAGCAGAGGCCUGGAGGUGCCUCCCCGGGGCUGGUCCGUGUCACUGCAUUCCAGGGACACAUGGCAGGACUUGGCUGGCUGCGACUUUCAGCGGCAGCGGCAGGCUCGGGCCUCCGAGGCGGCGUCCCAGGCCUCACCCUCAGCCAUCACCUCCAAGCCCAGGAAGCCCCCCACACCCCUGGAGAAGCCACAGCAUGACCUGGAAUCAGAGGGUGGCUGCCUGAGGGUGAGGAGGUGA